AUGGCUGCAAAGGACGUGGUCUUCUUCAAUGGGCAGAAGAUGCCUAUUGUGGGCCUCGGCACGUGGCAGUCUAGUGUUGAGGAAGUAGUUGCUGCUGUGGAUGCAGCAUUGGAAGCUGGUUACCGUCACAUAGAUACAGCUUAUAUGUACCAGAAUGAGGCCGCCAUUGGAAAAGCUCUUAAGAAAUGGUUUGAUUCUGGACGCCUCAAAAGAGAGGAACUUUUCAUUGUUACAAAGCUUCCACCGGUUGGUAACAGGGCAGAAUCUGUGGAGAAAUAUUUGAAGAGAUCCCUUGCUGCUUUGCAGCUGGACUAUGUUGACUUGUACUUGAUACAUAAUCCAGUUGGCUUGAUGGAAAAAGGAGAAGACCUUUGGCCAACCGAUGAUUCAGGGAAUACUCUUCAAGACAAAAACACCGAUCAUGUUAGUCUGUGGAAGGCAAUGGAAUCACAAGUGGAUGCUGGCCGUACCCGAAGUAUUGGACUUUCCAACUUCAAUGCACGCCAGAUAAAACGAAUUGUUAAAUGUGCGCGGAUUCAACCUGCUAAUCUACAGGUUGAGCUCCAUGUGUACUUCCAACAGAAGGAAUUGGCUGCCUUCUGCAAUGCACUCGACAUAACGGUGUGUGCGUACGCCCCUAUCGGUUCUCCUGGGUUAACUGACUUCGUUAAGAAGAUGGGGAAGGGCAGCGCUCCUACUUUGAGACCUUUGAGUGACCCAGUGGUUGAAAAAAUUGCAAAAAAACACAAUAAGACAGCUGCCCACAUUCUGUUGCGACAUAUUAUGCAAAGAGGGAUAGUGGUGAUACCCAAAAGUGUAAAUCCUUCUCGCAUCAAGCAGAACUUCGAGGUGUUCGAUUUUGCUCUGAGUGAAGAAGACGUGCAGGAACUGAAUGCAUUGGAUCGAGGAAAAGCUGGCCGUAUGUUUGAUAAUAGGCUCCUUGGAAGCAGGUAUGGAGGCCAUCCCGAAAACCCCUAUGAUGAUGACUAUUAGUUUCAUUAUUGUUUCAUUAUCAUUAUCAUUUUGAAGAACAAUUGUUCGCAGGUCUAUGUAAUAUUUAUACGAAUAUUUUAAAAUUGUG